GUUUGCGUGAGGAAAACAUUUAUCUCAGUGUAGUAAAUCAUUAUUCUAUAGUUAGAAGUUUAAGUAUUUCGGAGUCAAUUAUAUCAUCAAUUUAUUUUCCUUUAAAUAGCACUUAUUAUUUAAAUUCAAAAGUUGUGUAUAACAUGUUUAAAAAUUAUGAUAAUUCACUAACCUUGUAAACUUUUUUAUAAUACAUAUGUAAUGAGCAAAUCAUUAUGUUAAAAAAAUUUUAAAAUAAAAUCAAUUUAUUGAUUCAUCGUAAGUUUUGAAAGUUUCCAUAGUACUCGAUAAUUUUAAUUUCAUAUUCAAGAAAAUUCGUAAUAAUCUUAUUUAAUCAGAAUCUUAUAUACUGAAACCAUGUUGCUUUUCACAAUAUCAAAUAUAGCCCCAUUAAUUUAUUAUUAUUUAAGACCAUUUAUUAAAUGGUUUCUUCAUCAACUCACUAGAUUAUGUGAAUUACAAAGGCUGUGCUACGGAGCGAAAUUAGGUUCUCAUCGCACUAGACAAGUUGAAAGAUCCCUUCAGCAAUCGAAAUUCCCAGCUAUUAAGAUUAUCUCUCGUGAAUUAGAUUUACAAGUGGAAUACUGUAAUUUUGAGGAGUUUAAUGUAUUAGUGAAAAGAGCUGUUAAAGUGGUUAUGCAAGCUAAAAGAAUUAAACCACAGGUGCAUCCAGAUUUUGGUAGAUUAUUUGGUCAAUGUGUUGAACAAAUUUGGGGUUACAGAAAACUCUUAUUUGAAAUAGAACGAUUAAGAACAACACAAUAUGACUGUGAAAAUUUAGAUCAUGAAAGAAAAUUAUCUGAUUUAUGGGCACUAUUAAUGCCAAAUAAUCGCUUAGAAUCUCGUAUAACAAAGCAAUGGCAAAUAAUAGGAUUUCAAGGUGAUGAUCCAAAAACUGAUUUUCGCGGAAUGGGUAUGUUAGGUCUCGAAAAUCUUUUGUAUUUUGCAAGAGAAUAUAAUGAUGCCGCUCGUCAUGUGUUAUCACAUUCACUACAUCCUACAUAUGGAUAUACAUUUGCUAUAGUUGGAAUUAAUUUAACAUCGAUGGCUUACAAAUUAAUAAAUUCUGGUAAAGCAAAAACACAUUUCUACAACGUUAGCAAACGUGCAAUUAAUAUUACACAUUUUCAUCGUUUCUAUUGUUAUUUAUUUUUCGAGUUUGAUCGAUUUUGGGUUGAAUCUAAUCCGAGGAAUAUAAUGGAUUUUCCUCUAAUUCAUCAACGUUUCGAAACAAAUAUAUCAAUAGAACUAGAAAAGGAAAAUACAGCUUUUAAAACAAAUUUAGUCGUUGAAUCGAUUUAAUAUAUAUAUAUCUGUAUGCUGUAUAUAGCACUACUUGACAAAUAUGUAUUUAAAAUUCUAGCUGAAUUAUCUGUCCUUUAAUUGUAAGUCUUAUAUUUAAUAUACAUAGUACUGCAUACUUUUUUUAUGCAUUAUUAGUUUUUCUUUGUCUUUUUUUGAAUAAAUUUUAUUCGACUUUAU